AUGAAAGCAAUGGUCACGUACAACAUGGACGGUUCGCAAAGAAUGAGCCGCCCGAGGCGCGGUUCGAGUGUUUCCUCCGGCUUUCGGCUCAUGGACUCCGACCAGCUGGACGCGCUGUCCAGCAUCAGCCGAAACAGUAUUUACAAGCUUAAAAUCGACUCCAUGUUCGACGACACGAGGUCGAUCAUAAGCCAGCGGUUAGAUGAUCGCAGCUCGCACAACGGCCGCCGCCGAUCGUCCUCGAUCAGUGGGCUGAGCCGAGGCAGUCUCGCCGGUGCCAUCAUCAAUGAUCGUGACAAUCUGGACAUCAGCACGGUAGCGAGCAGCUUGCGAGAUCUCGGUGGUACUGCUGGCACCGGUGUCGUAGGUUCUUCAGCGUUGGCAGCGUCCGGAGGCUCUAAUGGGGCUGCUGGAGGUCCUGGCACUGCGAAUGGUGGUGGGCCUGCUGGAACGGCGGCAGGAGUCUCAAGAAAUGCCAGCGAUUCCCGGCGAGAGAUCAGCAACAGCGUGCAGGCACAAAUCGAGCGCAUGUUCACGGAUGUCGCGAAGGAAAACAACGGCAGCACGGGCACGGCCAAUGUACAAAGUUUCAGCGUGCGCUGUUUGGGCUCGUUGCCGCUGAAGGAUAAGGUGACGAGUCUGGUCGGUCUGCAGGAGCCUCUAAGGCAGCUGUAUUUGAGCGGCGCUGGACAUGGGACACAAACCGGAGGAUCGCUAGACAUCAGCCCCAUAGGACUACGGGUCAGAGCAGGCAGUGGGAAGGAACCAGCCGUUACACCCUUCCAAAACAUCGCUGUCUGGUCGGCGGUGAAGUUUGUGGUGUCCGGAGCUGAGGGAGGCGCUGCCUUUUUGCCACUCAUCACCGAUCCAGAGAACAUCGACAAAAGCUCACUGUUUCGGCCGCUCAGUGCCGCUGAUAAGCGACGACUGUCAUCAGGCAUCCAUUCGCCGCUGUUCGCGAUCGUGAUGCGAUCGACGACUGUGCCGCGUCAGCUGGAAUGCCACGGGUUCGUCUGCCAAACACCGGAAGAUGCCAUCGUGAUCGCUGCGACGCUCUACCAGAGCCUGAUGGCGCACAUGAGUGGUGGCGAUAACCAACGCCCAAAACGCCCCAAGAACCGGAACGGCGUUAGCUGUAUGAGCAUCGCAAGCAGUACUGUCACGAGCAACACCCAUCUGCCGGGAGGUUCUACCAAGCUGUCCUCGAGGCGUUCUAGCGCCAGUCAGCGCAGUAUGUUGCCACCUCCACCGAGACCGCCGCGCAUGAAACGCAGCGCGACGAGUUCGUUGAGUGGCGAGAGUGACGUCAUCGCAGGACGAAAUGGCGAGGACGAGUCCUCGACCGAGGAACGUCGCAAGAAGAACGUCAAGAGCAAGCGACCACCGCCGAUUCCACCGAAUCCACCACGCGCAAUCUCCAAUAGACCACCACUGGACGAGAUCUACACCGAUCGCAGCCAUUCCAAUGACGAAACCGGAAUCGCGGCCAAGGAAGGCCCAUAUCCGGCGCUCACCGACAACUCCACCGGAGACAUCCUGACGCGGGUGGCCAUCCCGAGGUCCGGCUCCUUCCUGAACACGGCCGGGCUCACACGGUACAAAUCACGCGCCACCCGGCGCCACACGGGCAAGGUGGGUGGUGGGGGUGGAUCGCCGCUCGGGUUCAGUGAGCUGUUCAACGAGUUCCGGCUGCAGGAGAACCUGCACUCGCUCGACGAGAUACUGAAUGCCAUAAUCAACUCGGACGGGAUGUCCUUCAACGAUCUGAAGCCGAUCUACAAGGAGUUCCUGCUCAAGCUCGCCGUCACGCUGACGAAGGACGAGCUGUACCAGCGCUCGAAGAGCAUCAUGCGCCGGCAGAAGAAGAAAAAGUUGAAGCGAAGAAACAGUAACGUGCAGAACCAACGCCGCAAGCUGCUGAUCGGAGCCAAAGGUCUCCGGAAGGUGUUUCGCUUCGGUAAGUUUCGCAGCAAAAAAGGCAGCCACACGGCCGGCAACUCCGGAGCCGGUUCACGUGAUGCAACGAGCGGCCAUGGCGUCGGCAACGGGCGAACUGGUGGCAUCGGAAACGGAACUACUGGAAGCGGUGGUGCGCUCACCGGCGGGCACGGUACGGCAGCGAUUGGCCGGGCACAUCAGCUCGCAGACCAGCUAUCACUGGAUCUUAAAGCGACCGGCAAGAAGGACCGAUCACGAAUUGCAACUAGUGGUUCGGAGGUUUCAGACGCUCGACAUGAGCAUACACUGACCGCGCACAAUCGAAACAGCUCCAGUGGGUAUGUGUCGUGCUCGGAGUGCAGUUAUGACUCGGAUGCGUGCACUUGUACAUCAGCCGACCGGUGCUACUGCAGUCUGGGUGGAGAUGAUAUCAACGCGAAGCUACAUCAAGCCAGCAACCGCAGUUCGGCACCAAGCUGUCGCAGCGAGGACAAGUGCUACUGCUCGAUGGGUGAGACACCCAAUGAGGAUGGUUCGACGACCUGGUGCGAUACGGACAGCUGCCUGAGCAACGAGAAGUGCUACUGCUCCACACGCCACGGUCAGGUUGCGAAGUGUGGCUCAAAAGUCGGUGUUGGAGCACCGGGUAUGACUAAGCCAUCAGCCGGUGGUAAAAGCGCCAAGGUCGAUAAGCUUGCGCUGGACUACGAGCUGUUCACAGUCGGUGGUAGUGGCCGUCCUGUGAAGGCAUCUGAGGCACUCAGCGUGAAGAAAACGGUCGAAGUGGCGGCUGAGUUUGCGGACGUAAAGCUCAGCCAAACGACGGACAUCACGAACUUGAAGGGUGACGUGACGACCAGUGGCACAUCCGGUAGCUCAUCGUUGACCUCCACGACACGGAAGUCCGUCGAACAUCGGGGUGCAUCUGGACGACAUCAUGGCCACAAUCACCAUCAUACGCAUCAUCACCGCGAUCAGGAGAAUGAUCAGAAGCGCUCGAAUGCAGGACCCGGUGGCAACAGUGGGCUACACUACCACAGGCAUCACUACAGCACCAGCACGAAGAAGAAGAGUCUGCCACAAGGGCAGCUUCCGGGUGGUGACUAUCAGUACAUCCACUCGACCCAGUCGGACCUGAUUGUGCGCCAAGCCACGGGUAAGACGCACUCAGAGCUGAAGAACCCGAAACGACUCACCAAGUCUGAGAGCUACUAUCAGGCUGGUCGUCCUGUGAGCUCCUCGCUGGGUCUAGAGGACUCCCUGGGCUAUCUGCCGUAG